AUGGGUGUUUCUCUCCUCGUACCACACAUGAACCUCAAGGAAGCUAAGCUUGCUGGCUACGACAUCCCAGCAGAAAGCAAAAUAUUAGUCAAUGCAUGGUGGCUAACAAACAACCCUAGCAACUGGAAGAAACCUGAAGAGUUUAGGCCCGGGAGGUACUUGCCGUUUGGCGUUGGACGUAGAAGCUGUCCUGGGAUUGUAUUGGCUUUGCCAAAAUUGGGAAUCACCAUUGGUAGGCUUGUUCAGAACUUCGAGCUUCUUCCUCCUCCGGGACAGUCUAAAGAGGACGAAAGGCAAGUAAAGACACUUCGUACUCGAAAUGUUGUCUACGGUUCUGGAACUUCUCACCUAGAGUUCUUGACAUUCAACAUUCGAACUUCUAAUAGGUGUAUCAACGUCGUUUUCGACUAUCAAUUGUUCGUGAGAACAAUCGCCAUGGGAACAAAAGUGGAGCUUCCUUAUCGGUUUCUUCAUUUCGCUGAGCUUGACUCGCCCCGAGAUGGUCUUAUCUUUACUCUUUUCGUAAUGCUUUCUAGAUUUGUUCUACUGUCGAGCCUGGCUCCAGGAUCUUCUGCUUCAAUUGUAAACUUUAAUGCUCAUUGA